CUCGCGACAGCUCAUCCCGCGACCACAUCCACUCCCUUCCUCCCCCCUCCAAACCUGUCCCGACUGCCCAUCGUCGUCGACAAGAUGUUCUCCAGAGCUGCCAGGAUACCACGAGCGGUGCCUCUGCGCACCGCCCGGCCUUCGAUGCCCAUCGUCGCAGCUCGCCGGUCCGUCACCACCAACGCUGCAUCCGCCAGCGUUGACAAGACCGCAGUCCCCAAGUCCGACGACGAGCCAUUCUCAGUAAACCUCAGCGAUGAGAGCUUCGAGACAUACGAGCUGGACCCACCUCCAUACACCAUCGAUGUGACGAAGAAGGAGCUGAAGCAGAUGUACUACGACAUGGUUGUCACCCGACAGAUGGAGAUGGCCGCCGACCGAUUGUACAAGGAGAAGAAGAUUCGAGGUUUCUGCCACUUGUCGACAGGUCAAGAGGCCGUGGCCACCGGCAUCGAGCACGCUAUCACCAAGGAGGACGAUGUCAUCACCGCGUACCGUUGCCACGGCUAUGCCCUGAUGCGAGGCGCCUCCGUGCGAUCCAUCAUUGGUGAGCUCUUGGGCAGACGCCAGGGUAUCGCUUACGGAAAGGGUGGUUCCAUGCACAUGUUCGCCAAGAACUUCUACGGUGGAAACGGAAUCGUCGGUGCCCAGGUCCCUGUUGGUGCCGGUCUCGCCUUUGCCCACAAGUACACUGGUCGCAAGAAGUCCUCCAUCAUCCUGUACGGUGAUGGUGCCAGCAACCAGGGUCAGGUGUUUGAGGCUUUCAACAUGGCCAAGCUGUGGAACCUGCCGGCGCUGUUCGGCUGCGAGAACAACAAGUACGGUAUGGGUACGGCGGCAGCUCGCUCCUCCGCUCUGACGGACUACUACAAGCGUGGACAGUACAUCCCUGGUCUUAAGGUCAAUGGCAUGGACGUCCUUGCCGUCAAGGCUGCCGUCAAGUACGGCAAGCAGUGGACCGACGCUGACAACGGCCCUCUGGUCCUCGAGUACGUCACCUACCGAUACGGAGGUCACUCCAUGUCCGACCCCGGCACCACCUACCGAACCCGUGAGGAGAUCCAGCGCAUGCGCAGCACCAACGACCCCAUCUCCGGCCUGAAGAAGCACAUCCUCGAGUGGAACGUCGCCUCCGAGGACGAGCUCAAGUCCAUCGACAAGGACGCCCGCAACCACGUCAACGAGGAGGUCGCUAUCGCCGAGGCUAUGCCCGUCCCAGAGGCUACCCCUCAGAUCCUGUACGAGGACAUCUACGUCAGGGGCUCCGAGCCCCCAUUCAUCAGGGGUCGGGUUCCGGAGGAGAACUACUACUUCAACUAAGCCUAGAAGAUAGGCUGAGCGGAAGUUGGGGGAGGCUGGUUCUGAGAGUAUCAUGAUCACUGAAGGCGGUGCACCAGCCUAUGUAGGGGUCGCGCAUGUACAAUAUCCACACAACAACUUAGAGCACGGCGUGGCCUUUGAUAGGAACCCUGGGAAAGCUUGCGUUAUUGAUGAGUUUGGUUGAAAAUCCUAAGAGAAUUUUAAAGGAGGUCACAGACUGGUCUUAAUCGCCUUACAUACUCAUGCACACCGGUGUCAAUGACUUGUGGGAUGCGUUUCGUGCCGUUGACAUGCUCCUAAGGGCGAUCAGAUGCAACAUCUCCUGUUCGCCGUAGCGGACUACUUGCCUGAAAUCCUGAUGAUUGGGGCGAACCCAUUGGAAUAGCAUGAACAAUUCGACCAGGUAAUUGAGUCUAGAACAUGUAGUGUACUUUCAUA